UGUGUGUGUGUACUUUCAUCGCGUUCUUCGUUUGAUCACACUCCACCUUCACACUAUGACAAACCAAGCUCCCAACCGCACACAGCCACACAAACGCACCCCCUCACUCGCACCCUCACUCGCGCCCUCACAUUUACACGCACGCAGAUGCUGAUCAAGCUCCGCGAGUGAUCAGUCGUUCAUUCAAACUGUGGAUCAACCAUUGUCCAAGACUGCUUCGGCUUGUCCCCGCUUCGAUCACCAACCGCAGCCACCCACCCCAAGAGCAGCUAAACAUUCUGCGUCGCCGUUUGUCCACCUCGUGGCUCGCACCUUGCAUCCACCACGUCCAACACGACGCAAGACGCGAAGGCGCUUUCCCCUUUUCUUCCUUUUCCUUCGCCUCCCAACCCGCCAACUCCGUGAGUCAGCCAGAAGCCAUUGGCUGCGAGCAACCUGGCAGCGCGCACUGAGGUCAUUUUCUCAUGCACUGGAGUGAGACAUCGCUGUGGCUGUCUUCUUCCUGCGUUUCCCUCCUUCCUCUGCGCCCUUCCCUUUCACGCCUCUUGACUUGACGGUCACCCCACGACGUCAGAAGUACACCAAAAAGCACCAAGCACCGCCAAUCCACGGAUUUGUCCUUCUCUUUGAAAAGAGGGAUAUUCAUUCCUCCUCAUCCUCAUCAGGCACACGCAGACUCGUGAUCAGCCGAUCAACCAAAACCGAAAGGCACGUCGCCCAAAACAACCGUUCUCUCAUCAGCAUCCGCGUAUCGUCAUUCCCUCUCAUCCGACAAGACCCCCGUCACUUUGACUCUUCGACCUUCAGCCCAAUUCCAAGCCGUUAAUCGCCAACAACAACAGCAGCAGCAGCAGUAGCAGCAAAGGCAUUAGCGCUCUGCUGAUCAGCCAAUCACUUCAGUCCGAAGAUGGACGGCCAGCAGCAGCCGGCACCGGCGCAACACGGUGCCCCUGACGCAGCCCUGCUCUCCCAGCUGCUCAGCCAACUCAACUCCACCGCAUUCCCGCCAAGCAGCGCCGCAAUGAACGGACAAGCACAGGACGUCGUGCUUCUGCAAUACCUUCAGGCCCUGGUGAACCAAGCCCAGCAGCAGCAGCAGCAACAACAACAACAACAACAACAACAACAACAACAACAACAACAACAGCAGCAACAGCAACAACAACAACAACAGCCGCAGCCGCAGCCGCAGCCGUCGCAAGCGCAUCAAGCCCAAGACCAGCACGGUCACGGUUUUCGGGUACAAGCACACGACCCCUCCUUGCAGAGCCAAUUUGCGCAGUCAGGCGUGCCAGCAAAUCAGAGCGAUCAUGCUCAGCUUCAUCACCACCAUCCCACGCAUAGAACGCAGCCCACACCAGGACCCUUUGCAGAUGCGGCACUGGCCCCGCAAUCCACAGCGGCAAUGGCCCAACAUGCUGGUCUGCAACCGCAGCAGCAUCAACAUCAACAACCACAACAUCAACAAUGCGCAAGGUGGCCGUCCUCAUCACCGCCCCACUCACUCCCAUCAAGCGUGUCGACGCAAGCUGGCCCGGCACAGUUGCUGGACUUUGGCACUUUCGGCUCGCAGCAGCCACAGCCACAACAACAGCAGCAGCAACAACAGCAGCAGCAGCAGCAGCAUUUGGACAGACACGCCAAUCCCUUUGCCCUCCCUUUGUUGACGUCAUCAGGGCCGUCGACAAAAGCGCCAUCGCCGCCAUCAACGCUGUUUCCGCUGACAGCAAACGUGCGUGAUCUGGCAGAUGCGCAGCGACAGGACGACGACCAUCUUCGCUUUCUGCAACAGAUGGCCAUGACCAGCCCAUCGCCCAUGAACCAAUUCAGCCACCACCAUCAGCCACAACAGCAGCAGCAACAAGCGCAACCCCCGCAACCCCAGCCUGUCACGGGCCACGCAAACUUCAUGCACAUGCAGCCGACCACACUCUUUGGCGGCCCCAGCGAUGCUGGAUGUGUGGCACAGCAUCCGCUGCCAAUGCCGCUCCCGAUUCCCCUCGUCACCACGACGCCGGCCGCUCUCGUGUCGACCGUCGGGCACGUGCCCACGCUCAUGCCCUCGAUGCCGUUUGCCACAGGCUACUCCCACCACCACCACCACCAAACGUCGUUCUCGCCUGCAGGAGGCCUGGAUGCGCAGCACGGCGGCCACCGACGUGGAAAUGGCCGACACGGCCGGCGGCCCCGAGGGGAGCCAUCGGCUGAAGCGCACAUCCGCCAAGUCUGCGAGGGUUGCGGAAGCGUCAACUACGUCACCAGGGCUCCACCAAAAGACAGGAAAAUCAUUUGCAAGCAAUGCCGAAACAGCCUGCGCCCACGGGUGCAGCGCGUCUUCAAGAACAUCAAGGCGCAUGAAUUCGCCGACUUCACCGUCAAGGACCUUGUGAAAGCCAUCACGGCCAUGGCUGCCCCCUGCCCAACAGGCUUCAAGUGCCCCGUUGACAUUUUCCAGAACCAAAAGUCCCGCUGCGUCACCUGCCACGCCCUCCAUUUCACCCGCGUCUUCCCCGACGAGACCGCUUCACUGCUGCGGGUGUUCAAGAAGCGCAUUUGUCGCUCCGUGGGGUGCCAGACAAACGGCCGACCGGAAAACGCUGUCGUGCGCGUGACCGAUUUGUUCAAGAAGGACUCCAAACGCCGCCCAACAUGCUUUGAGGUCGGCACCAGCACACCGGAAGAAUGGGCCGAUCUGCCUGCCCUCAGGGGAGGCGGCCGUGUGCAAGGCGGACAAGACGACAGCAGUGCACGCCCGUUGCCGCCAGCGCCGCUCUCGCCCACACCAUCCUCGAUGGAGCGCAUGCUGUUUCCCUUCUCUGCGCAGGACGGCGACGGGCCCAUGGAUGACAUUGUUGAUGACGACGACUUUGCUGUUGACGACUUUGGUGGCGGUGGCGGCCGCGUCGAUGUUGGUGAUGACGAUGGUGCCAGUGAUGAUGAUGAUGAUGGUGGUGGUGGUGGUGGUGGUGGUGGUGGCGCUUGUGGUCUGGCUGACGUUGGUGGCCGCCGUGUCACUGCCACCAGUGCUGGAAGUGCCACAACCACAGGUCUCCUUGACCGCGGCAUCUGCGACACAGACUCGGACGAGAUGCUGGCCGUUCGCCUGCCCGGAGCAGACGCCGCCACGGGCACGAAGGGCACGGCACCGCGCUUCUCGCGUGCGGACGGAUCUCGCUUGUCCGUGUCACCGCCACAGCGGCGAUCUAGCGACACCAACACCAACAUACUGCUGGCGGCGGUGCGGGACCUCAUCCCCGAUGACGAUGACGAUGACGAUGACGAUGCCGGUGUCAAUUUCAACAAUGGCGACGAUGAUGGCAGCCGCCGCCGCGGUGACCGUUUCGUCAAUGGCGAGCAGGUGGCCAAACGCGCCCGAUACGCGAGCAGCGCCGGUGCGAACGUGGACGGCAGCCAAGCCAUGGAGAACACGGUAUUCAACGGGUACGAGCCACUGCUGCAGACACCAAGCGCGUCCACAUCCAUGCAGUUUGUCGGGCCUGACGCUGGCGGCGAUGACGGCAUUGUCGAUGGUAAAGAUACCGCUGACUUUAUGGCGUCUGUCGACGCAUCAUCCAACCUCUGA